CCUCCAAGGCUCCAAUCAAGUUCUUUGUGGAAAAACCAGAAGCCACAGUACUUUUUUCCAUGUACGUACGACCACACCUCCUACUGCCUACAUCUACAGAAGAUGUCCUUUACAAUCCAAGCUUUUUGUCACACAGUCGUUAGAUUAUCCUUACUCUUCAGUCUUCACGGUACAUAGCUGUUUCAGUGAGAUCCACGCCACAAAGCUUUAUUUCUCUGUUUGAUCCCUCCACUUGAGCUAAAGCAACCAAGAGUUUUUGGCAAUGUGUUGAGGGAUUGGUUCCCUUCUUCCUGUGUUUGUGCAUAUGGCGUGAUACAAGGCUGUAAUUGCUGGUUAGAGACUAUUAGCUGGUGGUACCUUCAAGAUAGCAGUGAGAUUUGGGAAAAUGAUUGCGUUCCUCAUUCAUAUAUUGAAACGAAUUUGUUGUGUUGAAGAUGAAGAAAGGGAAAUCAAUCAAUACCAGAAUCUGAAGCAGAGCCACUAUGAUUUUCGGAGAGCUCCAAAUAUUGACUCUUUUCCAGGGUCUUGCAAUCCUUUGGUGCAAACAACCUUUAAUGAAUAUUUGGUCAAUCAAACCUUUAAUGCCAGGCCGAGUGAAGUCCUGAAAUGCCCUGCUGAAAUUACUCAGAACCGAAACAAUUUAUCAUCUUCUAUGGGCCACAAUCCUCAAAUUUGCAAUAGAGGCGCCAGUAUGCCAACUGAACAGAAAUUGUCCUCUGGUGUAUCUUCAGCUUCUGAUAAAUCAUUUCAGUCUUCCACAAAAUUGCCUCAUUUACAAUCCUCCAAGCUGUCACCAUGUGAAUCUGGCACCAAGAAGCUCCACUCAUUCCUUGAAACAGAUUCACCAUCAUCUUAUACUAAGCUUGCUGACUCUUGCUCUCAAAAAUCCCCUCCCUUGUCAACUAAGCCGGUCCUGUCUCUGGCAUCUACAAGCUCUAUCAGUCCACAGACAAAGACUGAGUAUGUUUGGGUAAAAAAGGGUGUGUCAUCCACAUGCGUGUUUCCAAAGGAUAUUAGAGAUUUGAUUGAGAAAGACAUUGUCCCAGGAGUCCUCAAGCUGCCUUUGUCUAUGUCAAGAUACAUGGAUUACUUUCAGGCUCUGUUGUAUGCUGAGGACUGUCACCUUGAGAAAUGGGAUGGAUUUGAGGUGAAGAAUGUCAAUCUGGAGUUGCAUGAAGCAUCAAUAUACGCAAGAAAAGGAAAACAUAAAACCUUAGAGGAAUCUGACCUGAAAGAUGAAAAGACCUUUGUGGCAUUUGAAAUUGACAAGAUACCUGAAAGGAGGCCAUUUUUGCUGUCAAGAGAUUUUGUUUCCGUACAGCCUUGUAGCCGGAAAAUCGAGCCAUUUCAGGGUGUCAUUUAUCGUGUGGUGAAGAGCAACCUUGUAUUAGCUGAAUUUGGAGAAAGUUUUUACUCUCAGCAUCGCUCGGAGUGCAAAUAUGAUGUGAAAUUUUCAUUUAAUAGAGUUUGUUUAAAAAGGGCUCACCAAGCAAUUGCAGCUGUAUCAUCUGCUUUAUUCAGGAACUUUCUCUUUCCUGAUUUAGCACCAGAACAUGAAGUUCUUUCUACGCAGCGUGUGGACAACAGAUAUCAGAAAGCUAACUUUGUUGUUCAUCAAAUAUUGAGGCUUCAGGGUGCGCCUCCCUAUCUUGUGGAGGGGCCAAUGUGUAUUGAAAGAGAUCAUUUAUCAAGAACUGGAGUGGCAAUUGUAGAGGCAGCACUUCAGAUUCUUCGCCGUGAUCCAUCAAAAAAGAUUCUUCUGUGUGCACCUAUAAACAGAACAUGCGAUCUGCUCAUGAGAGGCCUCAAGAAAGAGAUCUCGGACUCUGAUAUGUUUAGGGCCAAUGCUGCAUUCAGGGAACUGGACGGCAUUCCUGUAGAUAUACUACCCUCUUGUCUUUAUGAGAGCCAAACAGAGUGCUUUUCUUGUCCAUCGCUCAAAGAACUUGGAAAAUUUAAGGUAAUUUUAUCCACCUUCAUGAGCAGUUUUAAGCUGCAUAGUGAAGGAGUAAAGGCGGGACACUUCAGUCACAUUUUCCUGGUUGAUGCCUCAUCUGCCACUGAACCAGAGACAAUGAUCCCUAUAGCUAACUUUGCUAAUGAUAAAACCAUUGUUGUGGUGACUGGUGCACCAAGAAACAGUUCUGGUUGGGUUCGCUCAAAAAUUGCGAGACAGAAUGGACUGAUGAUUUCAUACUUUGAGAGGCUUCGCGAGAGGGAGCUGUACAAGAAACUUAAUCCAGGGGUCAUAAUGCAGCUGGAAGACAACUCAAAUGAAAGAUUUAGGUCUCUACCAGCUUUUGGGAUAUAAAAUGACUUUGUUAAUUGCAGACCAACUGGAGUUGUACAUAUUACGUUGGUAACGUGUGAAAGUUGUAUUUUUACCAAACUGCCUUUGAUAGCUAAACUGUUGGAUUUCUAUAGAAUGUGCUAGUCUUUAUUGGUAUGAGGAGUUGCAUUUUCUUUUGGCUGGAUGA